UGUUCACGAUCCCAAGAUGAGUUGCAUCCAUGGGGAGAGUGCAUUAUAUAGCCCUUGUGGACUGGCAGCCGGCGAAAAAGACUAAUCCACACCGUUCACAUAUUCAAGUUGUUUUCCUUGUCGAACUUGGAGCUGUAACUCCCCCUCCAACGAAUCGUAAACCUUCCACUGCCAGUCCACCGAAUGCAGCUAGUUCUGUCAACUUCAAAUCACCACUGGCUCGCCAAUUUGUCGUGCCUCCGCGCUUGCCUGGGGUACCGUUCCCCAUUCAACAAAGUUAUGCUGGACGCUUGAAUGUCUCGGUCAAUCCCAGACAGGUCUCUCAGAUGUUCUUUUGGUUGGUUCCUGCGGACGAUGCCGGCGGGAGUAAAGACUUAACCAUAUGGGUCAACGGCGACGCUUGUAGUGGUCUCGUUGGUGCCUUCCAAGGAAAUGGACCGAUCACGAUGAAUCCGGGCCGAGUGCCUACCAAAAACCCAAACUCCUGGACCCGCUCUUCUAAUAUGCUAUACCUGGACAUUCCGCUCAAUAUUGGUUUUACUCGUGGACAAGCUACUCAAAGAGGCUCGGAGGACAUCGGUGGUCUUGUUUUUGACUUCCUGACCGCCUUUCUGAAGGUCUUUCCGGAAAUGAACGGGCUCAACUUGUACAUGGCUGGACACGCUUACUCCGGAACCUACAUAAGCUAUGCCGCCGACAAGAUUUAUGCCUUGCAAUCCAAGUUGGCACUGAAGUUACAAGGAAUAUUGUUGAUUAACGCAUUCAUAUCCACUCCCGAUUACCAACAGCACAUCCCGAUCGCGAGCUACGUGACCAAAAACAACGAUGCGUUCAAGUUUACUCCCGCCCAAUUAAAUCAUUUGCAAGCAACCGACAAUGCAUGCGGAUUUUCUCAGUAUAUGACCCAGCAUUUAACGUUUCCCCCGCGGGGCGUCUUCCCGCAGGUGACCAAGGCUGUAGAUCCAGCCCAUGCCCCAGAUUUCAGAGAGCAGUGCAUGAUCUUCAUGGAGAUGUUUCAAGGAAGCUCUCCCGACAUGAAUCUUGGCAAUAUCCAUGAUAAGCCCGGCAUGGCAGACCCCAACUUCACCAAAUUUGUUUAUCCCGGACGGGCAGACGUCCAAAGUGCUUUCAACGUUGAUGGAGCUCGACGCUGGGCUUCCUGCGGUGACUUCAACAAAGUAUUUCCAAAUGGGGACGCAUCUCCACCUCCAACUUUGAAGGUCUUACCUAAUGUUAUCAACCAUAGCAAGAGAACCGUCAUUGCACACGGUUUAUUAGACGGUACCCUUCCAGUUGAUGGAAUGAAGCUGGCAAUACAGAGUAUGACAUGGGGUGGUAAACAAGGCUUUCAACAAUCCGUUAAUUCAAAAUUCAUGGUCGGCGGCAAAUACGGCGGCAGAUACCACACCGAACGUGGCUUAACAUUUGUGGAAGUAGCACAGAGCGGCAGUUUCAUGCCGCAUGACCAAGGGCAAGCCGCUCUGUCUAUCUUUGAGUACCUACUCGGCAAGCGCCCUACCCCUUGAAAUAUCGGUUUCCCGCAAAACUUCCAAGCGUGGACCCCGACAAAACCUCCCCUCUUUUCUUUUCCUUUUCCUUUUC